AUGACUCUGGUCCACUGUGACUCCUUUACAAUUGGCUAUCCGCAACUCACUGGAUCACCUCCCAUCUGCGGACCAUGUUGUGCUAAUAGGCCUUCAAGCUCUACGGUUCAGCCCCCCUUUCCGAGGCCAAGUAUGUGUCCACCUGACACUCAAGCUACCAACUACACCUCUUUGACACAAUCACACUUAGAAACUAUGUAUCCACCUGACACUCAAGCAGCCAAUCUUGCUGGCGAGUUAGAAUCCUCUGAUUGGGGACGCCGUCGCCAAUUGAGCAGCUCAGAAGCCAAGAAGCUCUUCAUUGCAACAGCGCCUUUUAAACUUGCACAUACACAAGGAGUCAAGACACACUACACCACGGUCAACCUUUUGGAACACAAUUGGACAUCAGGGUUUGCUAGGGAAGCCUGGGCAGAUAUCUCAACCUUUGCCCAGCGUAUGAUAUUUUCCUCAUACAUUUCAUUGGGCAUUGGCAAAGAUCACAUGUCGCAUGACCAGGUUCAAGAACAUGUCAAUGUGAUGGCCAACCGCAGGUCUCACCAGGGCCCAACACCAAAAUAUGUCAUUACACCAAUUUUCACCCCGGUAAUAUACUUGCAAACGGCUACACAACAUGAAGUGGAUGUUAUAACUGCUUAUACCAUGGGCCUCACUUUGGAAAAUUAUCUUCUUGAAAAGCAGUACCUUGACGAAAAGCAAGAAAUUCAAAAGGAUUCUGGAAAAAAAUACAAAACUGUCAGUGAAAGCUCAAGUCUCUAUGAUGAUGAUGAUGAAUUUGACCGAGUCCAAGAUGCCCUAUGGCUAUCACUUGAAGACACUGGUGCACCUCCGUAUGUACUCCGAUCACACACAUCCAGCUGUUUGAGUGCCAUGUCACACAAUCCCAAGUCUACCUCAUGGUGGUGCGACCCAACAAAUGAGGCUCUGGCACUCUGGGGUUCCAAAACUGAUCUAGUCGACAACAGAGCAGUUGAAGUACUGGUUGUCAACCAGCCUGUGGUACAAGACAUAUUGUUCCUUGCUGGGUUCUUUGGCUCUGACUUACGCUCUGCUGGUCAGAAGAUCCCUGACCUUUGUUUCUUGGGGGGAAUUGCAAUUCCUAUUUCAACUACCUGGGCAAAUUCCACACGUGUUCCCCUUUGGAAGAACAUGAUUUUACUUGUGAUGCACGUUUGGACUGUCACCAAAGAGUCAGAAAUAAGUUUUGAUGCUCCUGCGGACGGUGGCACAAUGUUCAGGAGUCUUCAACAAGCGGGGAUAUCCAUCAAGCCUUGGCAAGCAAGCUUCUUUGCAGACAAAGGCAACCCCUUGCCCUCAAGUGCAUUGGAAUCUUGGUGUGGAGGACAGGUGUAUUUUGAUGGAUCUUUAAUCAAUGUGGUGGCGAGACAGCGCUUGAAAGGGGCCGCGCUGUUGCAAUAUCUGGAGGAGUUUCAGAUGAAUUUCCAGGCGUCAAAGCUUCUUGUAGCUGGGUACCCUGGGGUUCCCAAGCCACUGGCUGCGCUUAUCAAGACGUUUGAGUUACAUUAUAUAGAUUUCAGUGCACUAGUCAUUGUGUUCUUAGGUGGUCAGGCUCUUCAUAGUUGUAAGGAUACAUAUAGUAUGGCUUUAGACAUCCAUUCUCCUCAAUGCGCGUUGAGUGAGUUUGGGUAG